UGACUCGAAGCAAAGAGAGAGCAUAUAGGGUGUGUGUAUAUAUUCACUCACAUCAGGGGGGCAGUGGGUGAACACUGACUCGAAGCAGAGAGAGAGAGAGAGAGAGAGAGAGAGAGAGAGAGAGAGAGAGAGAGAGGAUGAGGGGAUGGAGAAAAGAGGAGUGGUUUAGGAGGGCGAAGCCGUUCAUAGGGGUAGUAUUCUUGCAGUCGGGGCUAGCAGGGAUGGAGAUAUUAUCAAAGGUAGCCAUGAACCAGGGGAUGAGCAGCUUUGUGCUCAUCGUCUAUCGCCAUGCAAUUGCCACUCUUGUCAUGUCCCCUUUUGCUCUCUUUCUCGACAGGAAAACAAGGCCAAAGAUGACCUGGUCCAUCUUCACCAAAAUAAUGCUGCUCAGCUUAUUAGAGCCGGUAAUCGACCAAAACAUGUAUUAUUUGGGGAUGAAAUAUACCUCGGCAACAUUUGCAGCUACCAUGUGCAACAUUAUUCCUGCCAUCACCUUUCUAAUGGCUUGGGUUGUGAGACUUGAGAAGGUAAAGAUAAAGAGCACCAGAAGCCAAGCCAAGAUAGUUGGGACCCUAGCGACAAUCGCAGGGGCCAUGCUAAUGACACUGGUGAAAGGUCCAGUGAUAGAGUUGUUUUGGACCAAAGACGCAAACCACCACUCAGCAGCUAAUGACGGCGCCCACACUUCCAAUAAUGGCAUCUCUCUUCAUAAUUCCAUUAAGGGCGCUCUCAUGAUCGCCACUGGCUGCAUCAGUUGGUCUGCUUUCGUCAUCCUCCAAGCAAUCACACUGGAGACGUACCCAGCCGAGCUAUCACUUACAGCUUGGAUAUGCUUCCUGGGCACGUGUGUCGAUAUUAUUGUUACUCUUGUGAUCGAAAGGGGAAGAUCUGAAGUCUGGUCAAUAAAAUGGGACACCAAACUUCUAGCUGUGCUCUACAGUGGCACGGUGAGUUCGGGAAUGCUGUAUUACGUACAAGGAGUGGUAGUGAGAGAAAGAGGUCCCGUGUUCGUCACAAGUUUUAGUCCCCUCAGCAUGGUUAUUGUUGCUAUUAUUAGCUCCUUCGUUUUGUCUGAUCAACUGCACCUUGGAAGGGUGGUAGGGGCCGUUGUGAUAGUAGCAGGGCUGUAUCUUGUGAUAUGGGGAAAGAGGAAGGAUCAUUAUAAGGCAUCAUCAUCAUCAUCAUCAUCAUUGAUUGAGAAUGAUCAACAAGAAGAUCAAGAAAUUCCACAAGAAAUUAAUAAGCAAAUGACACAUGCAAGAAGCAACAGUACUACUAAUAUUACUACUACUACUGAUGAGGAAAACCCUAAUAAUUUUAAGAAGGUCAUCCUCUCCUUCACACCUGGCACUGGAGGUAUUGCGCAGCCACAUCAUAAUAAUUGAAAGCCCUCGCCCAGAUACAUAUGUAAAUAUAUCGAACAUGUAGCUGUCAUCACUCUACUCCAUUUCUAUUUCUUCUUAUCUUAGCGUAUGGGGCCAAGACCCCUUUGGGAAAGUGGGGACAAAUACUUUUGCGAAAGCAUUUGAUUUUCACUGAAUUAACCUCAUCCUCCAUGUUUGGGUGCUGUAUUUUUCAUGUAGGUUUGAACUCAUGCAGUCUAUCACUCGCUCAGUUUGGUUA